AUGCCCACUCUGAUGACUCCCAGGAGAGCCAGUGAAGCUGAGGAGAGCCUCAAGACAACAAGUGAAGCCAAGUAGGACCCUUCCAACAGUGAGGUUAAAAGGCGACCCAAGAAGCCAGGAGAGCCUGAGGAGCCCACACAGGCCCCUUGCAGUGUCAACAAGCCUGGCAGGAACUCAAAGGUCGAAGGCAGAAGGAGUAGCCCAGAUGCCAAGGCCCACAGAACAACAAAAGCUGAGAGUCAGAGUUCAAAACUCAUGACAAAAGAGAGGAAAACCAAGGUUCCUGAAGAGGUCACUGUCCAGGUGGUAGGGCAGGGGCUGAAAGCCAAGCCCACUGCUCCUCAUAAAGGCAGUGGGUCCAAGUCAAUGUCUGCGCCACUGGCCAGGAAGACAGAGACCUUCUAG